GGCAGGGGGUGGAGUUCCGGUCGAGCGCUGUGCGCCUUGACAGAGCUGGCGUUUCCUCCCGCACCGGUUGAGGGCUUGCCGUUGAGGUGGACAUUACAUGGUAUCAACGUGGGAUCUGAAGAAGGUGACCCCCAGGAACACCAACCUCCAGAAAUAACAGGCCAGAUCUGGGAUUUCAGGACACUGUCUUCUUCCUCUUCCAGCCGUUGAUGCUUUUCGCUCCAGAUUUUUACUACGCUUGGACACUCCUCCUGACAUGGAGAAGGUUGAGGAGCAGUUGGCUGACCUGAACAUUGUUACACGUUCCUCAGGGACUACAGAGCCUACUUACCUGCUUGGCAUAGAUACAUCAAAAACCAAACAAGCAGAAAAAGAAAGCCUGGUCGCUGUUUUAUGUUCUAAUGGGUCAAUCAGAAUAUAUGACAAAGAAAGGUUAUCCAUACUACGUGAAUUUCGUGGGUAUCCUGGGCUUAAUGGAGUCAGAUUUGCAAAUUCUGGUGACGGUGUAUAUUCAUCAUGUACCGACGGCACUGUAAAAUGCUGGGAUGCUCGAUUAGCCGGUGAGAAGCCUGUCCAGCUGUUCAAGGGUUACCCUUCCAAUAUUUUUAUUAGUUUUGAUAUCAGCUGUAAUGACCAUGUCAUUUGUGCUGGUACAGAGAAAGUUGAUGAUGAUGCACUGUUGGUAUUUUGGGAUGCAAGAAUUAGUUCUCAGGACUUGUCUACUUCUAAAGACCCACUUGGAGCGUACUCAGAGACGCACAGUGAUGAUGUCACUCAAGUACGCUUCCAUCCCAGCAAUCCCAACAUGGUAGUCUCCGGCUCAACUGAUGGCCUGGUAAAUGUGUUUGAUAUUAGUAUCGAUAAUGAAGAUGACGCACUGGUUACAACCUGUAACUGCGUUUCUUCCGUAAGCUGCAUCGGUUGGUCGGGGAGAGAUUAUAAACAGAUUUACUGCAUGACGCAUGGUGAAGGAUUUUGUUGGUGGGAUCUUAAUCAUCUGGAUACUGAUGAACCAAUUACACGUUUGAACAUCCCGGAUGUCAGAGAAGUAAUUAAUGUAAAAGAAGGUAUUUUGGACUAUUUGGUUGGCGGCCUAUAUCACGAGAAAAUGGACAAAUUGUUUGUUGUUGGGGGCACAAACACAGGAAUUAUUCACUUACUAAGCUGUGCUUCAUCAGGAUUGAGUCACGUGACCAGCCUUCACGGAGGGCAUGCUGCUACCGUCCGUUCUUUCUGUUGGAAUGUGCAGGAUGAUUCUUUGCUAACCGGAGGGGAAGAUGCACAGUUGUUACUUUGGAAACCUGGAGCAAUAGACAAGACAUCUACAAAGAAAGACAGCAUGAAAAUAGCAUCCUCCGUGUACCAGCGAGUUCGAGUUCACAGUAAUGAUUCUUACAAGAAAAGGAAAAAGCUGUGAUGUGACGUUGGGAGCUUACUUGAGAGGUUUUAUAGUUGCAAGUAAUUAUUUUUGUGUCCUACCUGUGACAGAUCUUUUUAAAGCUCAUACGUAAAAACAAGCCAGAGGCAAACAAUCCUGGGAAAAUGUUGAAAAUGGUUUAAUUCAGGUCUUCAUGUAUUCUAAAAUUAUUUUUUUAAAGCUGCCAGUUGAGUAUAUAAUCAGUGAGUUGAAAGUAAAAUUACAUUCCUCAUUUUUAAAACCCAUCUGUUGAGUCAGUAAAUGUUGGGUUUAAAGAAAUAGCUUUGAUAAGGACUUUUUAGAAGUAGAUGGCUGGUAUGACUUCAAAGAAUCAGGUGGUUUGAGCUAUAUUUUGUAAGCUCUGUUUUUUUUACAUUUUAAGUCAUCUUCAUUAUUUAUAAAACCAAAUCAGACUGUUUUCUGUCAGAGCUCCUGCUUGCUUAAUACACAUAGAUUAUGUUGGAGUAGUUAAAUAUAAAUAUUCUAAUGAUUCUAAAUAGAACUAAGAUUUUCUGGAAUGAAGUGAUUUGUAUCUAUUUAAAAUAUAUAUUUAGUAAAUAUUUGCAUCUGUAUUUUAAACUGGUUAAAUAGUAAGCAGGUAUUUCAUUGACGAAAAGGGAAUUACCUUGCAAAAUCCCUUGAGUCCAUGGAAAUACAACAAUGAAAGUAUAAUAGCAGAAUGACUUUUUUAUUUCAAAAUAUUCUGAUAUUUUGUGAUAAAAUUUUCUUUCAUAGUGUCUCUUCCAUAAUUUUAAACUUAAGAGCCCAUGGGGAGUGGGGGCCAUGCAGGAGGGACCGCCAGGGCUUGAAGGGGGACACCACCAUAAUCUUUCAUUUAAACGUGAAAUUUUGUUUACUGCGAAUUUUUUCAUCCUCCUACAUAUUUUUCCAAGGAAUAUUAAUAAAAAAGUUGGUCACUGUAAA